UUCCCGAAUAAACCGGCUCUUAAGCGCCAGUCGUCAGGCGGUCAGCUGGUGAGCAGUUUUCCUGCGGUAGUAUAGCGAAUUGCUGAAGAUGACAGAGAGAGAUACGCUCUUACACCUCAUCGCUGGGGGAUGUGGAGGUACAGUUGGAGCCAUCAUAACCUGCCCCUUGGAGGUGCUCAAGACCAGACUGCAGUCAUCUGGGCUUACUCUUCGGCCGGUGUUUCAGGUCCAUUUGAGCACAACGACUGGUGCUGGAGUCCUUCGACCUGGACAGGUAACACCAGGUCUGCUCCAGGUGUUGCGAUCAAUUCUUGAGAAAGAAGGACCAAGGACACUUUUCCGAGGAUUGGGGCCAAACCUGGUUGGUGUAGCGCCGUCAAGAGCCAUAUAUUUUGCUGCCUACUCUAAGUCCAGGGAGCAGUUUAAUAGCAUCUUCAUGCCCAACAGCUGGAUAGUGCACAUGUCAUCAGCUGGCUUUGCAGCCUUUGUUACUAAUUCCCUGAUGAACCCCAUUUGGAUGGUCAAGACCCGGAUGCAGCUGGAAAACAAAGCACGAGAGGAGAAGAUGAAUGCACUGCAGUGUACACGGUACGUGUACAGGACAGAGGGCAUCCGUGGCUUCUACCGGGGCCUGACAGCAUCGUAUGCGGGCAUCUCUGAGACUAUGAUCUGCUUCCUCAUCUAUGAGACAUUGAAGAAACACCUGCCAAGCAGUCACUUCACAUCUCCCAACAACGGCAGUAACAGGGGUGCUUCUGGCUUCCUAGAACUUAUGGCGGCAGCAGCUUUUGCCAAGGGUUGUGCCUCUUGCAUAGCCUACCCACACGAGGUGAUCCGAACCAGGCUUCGAGAAGAAGGUAGCAAGUACAAGUAUUUCUUCCAAACAGCACGGCUGGUAGCUGUGGAGGAGGGCUACACUGCAUUUUACAGAGGACUUGUCCCACAGUUAAUCCGGCAGAUCCCCAACACAGCCAUCGUGCUGUCUACUUAUGAGCUCAUUGUCUACCUGCUUCGUGAUCCCUCCUAGUAAGUGAGGUGCUUGGCCCUGCCUGUUGUUCCCCCUAGAGGGGGGGGGGGGAAAGGGCUCAGAUUUUAAAUUAAUCCAGAGACAUGAAGGCUGCAGUUAUACCUAUCAAAGAUAGCGGUUUUUACUGGGUUCAGGGUGGAGACAUAGACAAACGUGUAGCAUCAAACAUGUCUCUAAACAUGGUACUUUUUGUAAAGAAUUGGGAAAAGGACUGUGCAGUAGAAGUAAACUGCCAAGCAGUAAUUUAAGGUUAUAUAGAAUUUAUUUCUCCUGAAUUGGUUUCAUGUCCAAAGAUGAUUGUAUAUAGCACUUUGGAGUUCUUAAAAAAAAAAAAAAAAAAAAAAAAGUAGCAAGAACGUGUAACUUGUGAGAUGGCUGCUUUAGAACCAGGUAACGUGCACUGGUGUGAAUUUCUCUGAUAGCCUAGAGUGCUUACAGGUUAAUUUCAGUUCAUUCACCUCAGGAUUUUGGAGGUCUACUGGUAUUUGUUUUUGUGCACAUCACAUUUUUAUUGGUAAAUGAUUUUUGUUGGUGCUUUUCUUGUUAGUGAUAGAAAUGUGUAUUUUACAUAUACCACAUAUUUAAGUAAUGCAAUGCAUUAAUAAACUUUAUUCUUGUGAA